AUGCCGGCCCCAAGACAGACAAGAGCUCAGCUGUUUUCCUUCGACUUUCAUGCCAGCAAGGCCUCAGCAUGGCCUUCCCUCACACCACAAACACAGCCGGUUGACAGACGCAAGUCUGGUGCUUGUGGUCGGCAAGGAUCCGUGAGGACCAGCCAUUCCCCUCGCUCAUUUCCCUCACGCGUUCACCACGUCCUUGGCUCAGAGAGACCUUCUGCCAACUCUCUGCGGGCCGGGAAACGCACGGGGACACUCGCCACGGUAGAGAGAAUUGUUGACAAGAGGAAAAACAAGAAGGGAAAGACAGAGUAUUUGGUGCGAUGGAAAGGAUAUGACAGUGAAGACGACACCUGGGAGCCAGAACAGCACCUUGUUAAUUGUGAGGAGUAUAUACAUGAAUUUAACAGGCGUCACAAUGAAAAGCAAAAAGAAAGCACAUUAACUAGGACAAAUAGGACCUCUCCAAAUAACGCCAGAAAACAGAUUUCUAGGUCUACUAAUAGUUCUUUUUCAAAGACUUCCACUAAAUCUUUAGUUAUGAGUAAAGACCACGAGUCAAAAAAUAAUCAACUCUAUACUGCCACGCAGAAGUUCCGGAAAAACAAUUCACCAUCUCUUUCUGGAAGGAAAAAUAUGGACCUUGCAAAAUCAGGUAUUAAAAUCCUAGUGCCCAAAAGUCCAAUUAAGAGCCGGACAGCAGUUGAUGGCUUCCAAAAUGAAAGCCCUGAUAAAAUGGACCACACAGAGCAGGAUCAAGAAGACUCUGUAGCACCUGAAGUAGCAGCAGAAAAACCCGUGGGAGCUUUAUUAGGACCUGGUGCAGAGCGUGCCAGGAUGGGGAGCCGACCAAGGAUACAUCCAUUAGUGCCACAAUUGCCAGUGCCAGUAACAGCCACAAUUGCAUCAGCAUUAACAAUAAAUGGAAAAGGUACAUCUACCUUUAUGGAAGCAUUAGCAGCCAAUGGUACAACCAACAUACAGACUUCUGUGACAGGAGUGACAGCCAGCAAGCGGAGGUUUAUUGACGACAGGAGAGAUCAACCUUUUGAUAAAAGACUGCGGUUCAGUGUGAGACAAACGGAGAGUGCAUACCGGUACAGAGACAUUGUUGUCAGGAAACAAGAUGGAUUCACGCACAUCUUGCUAUCAACAAAAUCAUCUGAAAAUAAUUCACUAAAUCCAGAGGUAAUGAAGGAAGUCCAAAGUGCACUGAACACAGCAGCUGCAGAUGACAGCAAACUCGUGCUGUUCAGUGCAGUUGGUAGCAUUUUCUGCUGUGGUCUUGAUUUUAUUUAUUUUAUACGACGUUUAACAGAUGAUAGAAAAAAGGAAAGCACUAAGAUGGCAGAAGCUAUUAGGAAUUUUGUGAAUACUUUUAUUCAGUUUAAGAAGCCUAUCAUUGUAGCAGUAAAUGGCCCAGCCAUUGGACUUGGAGCAUCUAUAUUGCCUCUGUGUGACGUGGUUUGGGCUAAUGAGAAGGCUUGGUUUCAGACACCAUACACUACUUUUGGACAAAGUCCAGAUGGAUGUUCAUCCCUUACAUUCCCCCGGAUAAUGGGCCUGGCUUCUGUAAGUAGCUUGCAGGGCAGGGUACUUGAAGAAUCCAAAGCUCUAGUACGUAAUAUUAUGAAGGUGGACUUGGAACAAGCAAAUGAAAAGGAGUGUGAAGUUUUGAAGAAAAUCUGGGGCUCAGCACAGGGGAUGGACUCCAUGUUAAAAUAUCUGCAAAGAAAAAUCGAUGAGUUCUGAUGAGGUGCCCAUUGACACUGGAAUUGUACUUCUUGGACAUCAGGGCAAAACAAAAUAUGCCUGUUUUAAAACCUAUAUAAACUCACCCCUGGCUCAGCUUGGGAACAGUAGUAAAUCCCUCCUCCCCAUCCCUCCCCCCCCAGUUUUAUUGUCAAGGGGUAUGAAAGUACUGUAUCACUUAAAUUUGAACAAAACUCCUUUCUCCCUGAUUGUUUUGUGUGUGUGUGUGUGUGUGUGUGCGUGUGCGUGCGUGUGUGUAUAUAUGCACAUGCAUAAAGUAUGUGUGUGCACAUACACGUAGCUUCUAUAUAUACAAAAUGUAAUGCGUGACAGCGUGUACAUAGACACAUGCACACAGAAGGUAAACAGUGACAGAGUGCACUACCCACCAUCUCCUUAAAGGCUCUAGUUUUGGUCAUCAUUGGCUAGUACUGUAUCAGACAGAGAAUGGAUUAAAAAGCAAAUGGUGUUGCAUUAUUUUCUGCGUGGCAGGGAAGUCUGGAAUAAUGCUUUUCUUUUAUCAUUAGAAUACAGAGUUGAAACGGGUAUUAGCCAGCCCUUACUUUCACUGCCCAACGAGUCAGCUAAGAUGUAAGGCACUGUCUCAGAAGAAGGUUGACAUACCUCAGUGGAACAUCCUAACAUUUUUCAGAUGAACUCCUUAAAGCUUAAAUCAAAAAUAUCACCCAAAAGAGAGCGUGCUCAGGAUUAAUGCUAAGGAAACACUCUGCCCUUUUCAGGGGAGAAGUAUAGAGGGGUGGGAGGAAGAGGGCAGGAAUGCAUUCAAUUCUUACCCAGAUAACGUGAAGAAACCACUGUCUCAUGGGGAAGGGCAACGAGGAGAAGCAGGGGGAACGUGGAGGGGAAAGGAAAAAAAGACAAAAAAAGCUUGUUUUGCAGUAUUAGUGAAUCACUGAAUAUCUAUGUAUGAAUAUCCUAAGUUAUAAGUUAGUUUUAGUGGGUUUUCAAAUAGCCCUUUUUUUUUUUCUUAAUAACUACAUAAGUGCUUCUGUUGCUGGGUGAGAAUACUACUUUAUAUACAGUUGUUUGGUUUUUAUUUCCUAUUUGCUGGUUUAAUUGAUGUAUUACACCAAAAAUGCAUUUUAUGUUCAUAAAUUUUAGGUUCACUUAGAAUAUAUUAUUUAAUAAGUUAAAAUUCUUUUGGCACACUAUUAAGUAAAAAAAACUUUUAAAAAAACUACCUUAUAUUAGAUGUUUAAUGUUCUUUGUCUACGCUUUUUUAUUAUUUUAAAUAUACACUAUAUACAGUAUGGUGUAAAAGAGUGCCCUGUGUAAAUAGACCUAUUUUGCAUUCCUUUCAGGAGUGGUUAUUGAUUCCUGACUGCAGAUAUCUAUUAUUAUUUGGGUAUCUGUGCUUGCAAUCUUAUUGAAUGUAUUAUGAAGAAUGGAAUAGAAAUCAAACCUUAUUUUUGUACAGUUUUGAAGUUUUUACUUGGAACUGACCCACCUCCCCUUCCCAGUGGAGAGCUGUACAGUGUGUAAAUCUGCCUUUACCUUGGAUUGGUACAGUAUUUUUGCAUCUGUGGGACCUACUUUUUUGUUCUAGUAGUUUGAACUAUAUAUAAACUGUACAAUCUGUAAAGUUUUUAUAGAAUAAAUAUUCAGCUGUGAAAACUGGUUAAAUAAAACUAAUAUUUCUUAACACAUUUUAAA